AUGGCACAGCAAACCAAUCGAGUAUUAGUUUUACCAAAUGUUGGAGAUGCAAGACUUUGUUCAUGCAAGUCUUUUACGUUUGAUUAUUACUAUUCUGUCGAAUCAAUGCGGCAAUCUGCUCCGAACACUACAUUCAUCACGCAAGAUUAUUUUUUGCAGUGGAACCAAGAGAUGAAGGCAAUCAAGGCUAAAAAGUUUACAACAAAAAUUGUCGAAUUAGGCAGGGCGGUGGACAAAGAGUAUAUUGGAUCCAACCAACUCGAUCUUAAGCGAUAUAGAAAGAAGGGAUGUUUGUUACCAUUCGAUCACCUAGAAUAUGAGACCAACGCAACACUCGACUUGCAUAUUACAAGGAAAACCGGGGACCAAUUUGUCAUCGAUGCUCUUCAAUCCGUUCAAUCAGACGUCAUCCUCAUGAACUAUACCGCAUACGAGUUCAAUUAUUCACGCCUGAAAUAUCAACCUGCUUCGCUUACGUAUGCCGAAUACUUGAUCAAGCAUGCAAAAGCAGCCGCAAAUUUGCUUUAUCCUUACAUUGCAGUCCAUUGGCGGAUGGAGACGGCGGAUCCAGACAAGCUGCUUAAAUGUAGUCAGAAUCUUGUAGACUAUAUUGAUCAUAUAAAGAACAAGACGGGUAUUACUAACGUUUACGUCGCUACCGACUAUCCGAUUGACGGCGGUCCCAUUCAUUCGGGAACUUUUCAUAAACUUACCAAAGGUCAUCAUAGAGCUGCAAACGAACUUAAAAGCCAUCUCAACUUUUAUACUUUAGAGCGUAUUCAUUCUUCACUUCCUUUACUUGACAACACAAAAUUUUUAUCAAACAUUGAUAUUAAUCAUAAAGAUUCAGGAAUACCAGCAAUUUUGGAUAAGUUAAUACUGACAUAUUCUAAUUGGUUUGUAAGUGCUCCACCCACUUGUUGUAGAAUAAGUAGUUCGUAUACGGCACAGGUGUUACAAGGAAGAACUACAAUUAUAAAACAGCAAAAUAAGACUUUUGAAGAAAACACUGUAAGAGACAACUUAUUAAAUGUGGGGGAUAGUGGGAACAACCAACAUGGCCAUGAAAAACAUUAUUGA